AUGGCUACCUACGACAACAAAGCAUGGCUUCUGAAGAACAUCAGGGAUGCGUUUAUUGCUACGGACGACACGGGAUUGUGUGAGAUUGUGAUGGCUGGUGAAGAUUUCUCAAAAAUCUUCCAAACGAAAGCGAUCGAAGAGAAAAAGAGAAUAAAAAAUAAAACCAUUAAUAAACCAAGUACAAGUAAAGACAGAGAUAGUUUUGUAGAAGAUGAUGAGAAGGAAAUCGCGACACAAUUUGAUCCUUACCCUGAUAUGGAAGACAGUGAUGAAGAUCCUAUGUAUGGUAGCUGGUUUCGCCAUGAAGAGUUUGGUGGUCACAGGCAAAGAUCAAAUACAGCCCAAUGGCUUGAUAAAAAGGAGUUAGCUUUAAAAAAGGCAGCAAAGAUAAAAGUAAUUAAAUGGGAGGGCCCAUGCCCCCAGUUAACAGAUGAGCAAAUAGUGGAGGCAUUUCAAAAAGUUGAGGUCAAAAGACCUCAGAAGCAGAGAUCUUUAUUAACAGAGCAAUUGGAGAAAUGUCCAGAUUUUCCUCACCGCCAGUACCUGGAGUAUGCUAAGUUUGAUGGGACUGCACAAUUAGGAUUGCCAACAAAAGUUUUCAAAAUCUUUAUGACGACUCUACCAGAAAAACUUCAGAAUUACCCUGUUAUUGUUAGUGUUAUAGCUAGUGCCAAGAUUAAGGACUUAAUAGGAUUUACAUGCUAUAAAUACAGCAUAGAACACCCAGAGAUAACUCUCGGAUCAGUACAUGACUAUGGGCUUUGUAUAGCAGAAGAUGAUGGAGAGGUGGACUGGGCAUUUCCAUGCUUGGACAAUAAUGAACCUUGCUCCAAGUUUGGCUUUACUUGCCUUGGCCUUAUUGAUGUUAAGCAAAAAGAGAAAAUUGUGACCACGCCAAUUCCUGAUUUAGAUAUGGGUCAUAGUGUAUUUUGCUUUCCGAAGGCACCAGAUUCUGGGCAGAGUCAUGUAAACUCAAAACAACAUACAGGUGGUAGUGAUACUUCGGAAAUCAUGAAGGCGAUGCAUUCUGUAACUGAAGGUAACAAAGGGUUUGGCUUCCAGUCGGGCCCGCCCAUAACAGAUGCGCCGCAGGAUAAACUAUACAGGGUGCAACUUUUACACAAGAUGAGAACUAGCACACCGGUUCAGCUCUGUAUUACCCUCGAUCAAAUUGAAGUGGUACCUCUUGUCACACAGAAACAUGCUUUUUGGUCGCGGCCGAAAUAUUUUCUACACAGUAUGAACUCUGUAGCAUGGUGUCAAAUGUUGGAAGCUAAAAGCAAUAAGACAUCGUUCCGCAUUGUCUACUCCCCUAGUCAUGAUACAGCAUUUAAUGAGUCAUUUACAUCAGGUACCUCUAGCACAUUCCAAUCCACGGCUAUAUAUAAAAAACACGACUUCGAGUGCGAUCACGAUACAGCAAGAAAGAUCGUCGACAAAGUGAACACUAUACUCGAUUUAAGAAACAGUCCGUGCCGCCGCGAAUAUAAGAACGCCAAGGAGAAAAAACUACAAACUCGUAGAAGUUUUCAUACGAAGCAACUAAAGAGUUGA